AGCAACAACUGCUGCAAUUUUACGAUUUUUAAACGUUUCUAAAUGUAAAUAAAGUGCAAAUUGUGYUCCAAACAUUAUUMAAGCAUAUAAUAUACAUUUGUAGUGCAAUUAUGGAGGAUAUUUUUCACUGGUGCCGCGAGGGCAACUCAAUUCAAGUGCGCCUCUGGCUGGAUGAGACCGAGCAUGACAUGAAUUUGGGCGAUGAUCACGGCUUUAGUCCGCUGCAUUGGGUCGCCAAGGAGGGGCAUGCGAAGCUCGUGGAGACUCUGCUGCAGCGCGGCGCUCGUGUGAAUGCCACGAACAUGGGCGAUGACAUUCCCCUGCAUCUGGCCGCCGCCCACGGACAUCGUGAAGUAGUGCAAAUGUUGCUGCGCGAGCGCUCGGACGUCAAUGCUGUGAACGAGCAUGGGAAUACUCCGCUGCACUAUGCCUGUUUCUGGGGCUAUGACAUGAUCUGCGAGGAUCUAUUGAACGCGGGCGCUCUGGUCAGCAUUGCCAACAAGGACGGUCACACAGCUAUAGACAAGGCCAAGCCCAGUUUGGGCAAGCGUAUACAAGAUCUGGCCGAGAAGAGUGGCCAGGAGCUGAAGAUCAUCAGCUUCAAGGAGCAGAGCUGGAUGGGCAUGAAGACGCGCUCACGCGAUGCUACUCUAUCGCGCUUUAAGGGCAUCAGCUUGGGAGAUUUGGACUUGCACACAAAGAUUGCAGUGACGCCCUCUGGUGAAACGUGGCGUGGUCGUUGGCAAAAGAACGAUGUUGUAGCCAAGAUUCUCGCAUUGCGUCAAUGCACUUCACGCAUUUCGCGUGACUUUAAUGAGGAGUUUCCCAAGCUGCGCAUUUUCUCGCAUCCCAAUAUUUUGCCCAUCAUUGGCGCCUGCAAUUCGCCUCCUAAUUUGGUGGUAAUCAGUCAGUUCAUGCCACGUUCGUCGCUUUUCAAUUUGCUGCAUGGCGCAUCGGGCGUUGUCGUGGACACCAGCCAGGCCGUGAGAUUCGCCUUGGAUAUUGCACGUGGCAUGGCCUAUUUGCACUCCCUGGAGCGUAUAAUACCCACAUAUCAUCUGAACAGUCACCACGUGAUGAUCGACGAUGAUUUGACGGCACGCAUUAACAUGGGYGAUGCAAAGUUUUCGUUCCARGAGAAGGGUCGAAUCUAUCAGCCUGCUUGGAUGUCGCCGGAAGCGCUGCAACGUAAGCCGGCCGACCGCAACUGGGAGGCGUCCGAUAUGUGGAGCUUUGCGCUGGUUAUCUGGGAGCUGACCACUCGCGAGGUGCCUUUCGCCGAAUGGUCGCCCAUGGAGUGUGGCAUGAAAAUUGCACUGGAAGGAUUGCGUGUCAAAAUUCCGCCAGGUACUUCGUCGCAUAUGGCGAAGCUCAUAUCGAUCUGUAUGAACGAGGAUCCGGGCAAGCGACCCAAGUUCGAUAUGGUUGUGCCAAUUCUAGAGAAGAUGAACUCCAGCGCAGUCAAGGCUUAGAGGGAAAACCCACGAAAUUACCAAGCCAAAAUGUGCCUGUUUACAAAAGUGUGUGUAGCUAAAAAAUGAUAACAAAAUGGAGCCACAGGAAGUGCUUCCACGAUGUGUUUUGCCAACUAAUUAUAAUAACAAUUUUUUUUUUGUUAAAUUACUCAAAACUUAACUGAAUCUAACCGAGUGCCUUAAAAACUUACGGAACAUUUACGCCAUUUUGAAAAUGUCUACAGGUAA